AGAACGGGAGCUCGAAAGAACGGGACUGUAGAACGGAGAGUUGAAAACCGGAGAACCGGAGAACGGGGAGUGUAGCGCCGCGAUCGAUCGUUUUCCCCCACUUGCUAAACAUUUCGCUGAGCUAUAGCUCUCGGUUAAAGGUUCAAAGUGAUGUGAGGCGAAAAACAACAAAUAAAAAAGAAAGCAAAGGCGGUGCAAAGCGGAGCGGCUGGAAAUAAAAUGAAACUGGGAUCGCGGCACCAGCAACAAGUUUUAGUGGUUUUCCUUUGUGCGCCUCGUUCGUGUUUGCUGCUCUCCGCUUUGCUCGCCCCAUUCGUCGCCGACUUUUAUUUUGUUUUGCCCAUUUUAUCAGAAUCGGAACCCAAUCCGAUCCCGACCCGACCACCUCCAAAAAAGCGCAAGGCGAGCUCAGCUGCGUUAAGGUGAGCUGAUCCGAUCCGAUCCGUUCCGUUCCGUUCCGAGUGCAUUUUGCAUUGUGCGAGAAGUAAAGUCGCGAGGCUGCGCUUUCGGAAUUACACAACCCACAUGGGGCAGCGCCAACAACAGCAGCAGCAGCACCACCACCACCAACAAUAGCCAUAGCCACCGACCAUGGCCCCCACCACCAGCCCGCCGGGUCCCGCGGCCCCCAAGCUGGCCAAGUUCAAGUCCUCGUCAUUGGACCACGAAAUCUACACGGCGAAUCGACGCGGAACGAUCGCCACGGCCUCCAGCGACUGGAAGGCGCUCCGUGGAGCAGCAGGAGCUGGAGCUGGAGCUGGUGGACCCACAACCGGACCCAAUCAUUCCAACGGACGCUCCCUGCACGCCGGCGGCGCCAUGACCCGGGCCGCCUCCACAUCCUCGCUGGCCAGCAGCACACGCACGAUGACCAACUACCAGGAAUACAAGAUGGAGAUAAUCAACCAGGGGAAGUGCCUGUGCGGCCAGUACAUCAGAGCCCGGCUGCGUCGGGCAGGAGUGCUCAACCGGAAGGUGACGCAGCGGCUGCGCAACAUCCUGGAUCCUGGCUCCUCGCACGUCGUCUACGAGGUCUUCCCGGCCCUCAACAGCAUGGGUGAGGAACUGGAGCGCAUGCACCCCCGGGUGUACACAAACAUAUCCCGACAAUUGUCGCGAGCCCCUUUUGGGGAGCUGGAGGACAGCGACAUGGCCCCGAUGCUGCUGAACCUGGUGGCCAAGGAUCUGUUCCGAUCGAGCAUCACCUGGGGAAAGAUAAUCUCGAUCUUCGCCGUCUGCGGCGGCUUCGCCAUCGACUGCGUGCGGCAGGGCCACUUCGACUACCUACAGUGCCUGAUAGACGGGCUGGCCGAGAUCAUAGAGGACGACCUGGUCUACUGGCUGAUCGACAACGGCGGAUGGCUGGGCCUGUCGCGGCACAUCCGGCCCCGGGUCGGCGAGUUCACGUUCUUGGGCUGGCUAACGCUGUUUGUCACUAUCUCAGCGGGCGCCUAUAUGGUGUCCAACGUGUGUAAGCGCAUCGGCUGCCAACUGUAUUCGCUGCUGUUCUAGCCUUGCCCCGGAUCGUUUCGUUUUAGAUGUAUAUUCUUAUCAAUUAGUCAGUGAGAGCUUCGAAUCAUUCCUGCUUCCAUGGACACCGAGUCGUGUAGUAGUAUGUAGUGCACCUUGUUUUACGAAUAAUAUUGUUAUCCUGUUUCUUCCCUUUGUACAUACAAGGCUAACCUAGUGCCAGGCGCAAUAAAGCGUGUGUUUAAAACAA